AUGCCAACACUCCCCAUCCAGGCACCCUGUAAUAACAGGACUCCAAUGGCCCCCACCUUCUUGCUGGUGGGCCUGCCUGGGCUGGAAGUUGCACCAUCGUGGUGGACAGUCCCUUUCAUCGUUGUCUACCUUCUGUCUGCCCUGGGCAACGGUACUAUCCUUUGGAUCAUUGCCCUGGAGCCCACGCUGCACCGACCAAUGUACCUCUUCCUCUUCUUGCUCAGUGUGUCUGAUGUUGGUUUGGUCACAGCGCUGAUGCCCACCCUGCUGGGUCUGGCCUUCGCUGAUGCCCAUGCUGUGCCUGCCGCAGCCUGCCUCCUACAGAUGUUCUUUGUCCAUGUCUUUUCCGUCAUGGAGUCAUCUGUCUUACUCGUCAUGGCCUUUGAUCGGGCAUUGGCCAUCUGCCGACCUCUCCACUACCCAGCACUCCUCACCAACAGUGCCAUUAGCAAGAUUGGCCUGGCCAUUGCUUUCCGAUGCCUGGGUCUCCAUCUGCCGCUGCCAUUCCUCUUAGCUCACAUGCCCUAUUGCCGCCCGCAGGUCCUGACCCAUUCCUAUUGCUUGCACCCAGAUAUGGCCCGUCUAGCCUGCCCAGGAGCAUGGGGUGCAGUCUAUAGCCUGGCUGUAGUCCUGUCUGCCAUGGCACUGGACCCUCUACUUAUUUUCUUCUCCUAUGGCCUGAUUGGCAAAGUGUUGCAAGGUGUGGGGUCCACUGAGGAUCGCUGGAAGGCUGGUCAAACCUGUGCUGCGCACCUCUCCGCCGUGCUCCUCUUCUACCUACCCAUGAUUCUCCUGGCACUCAUUAGCCAAUUCAAGCUGCCACUCCCUCAGCCUGCCCACACUCUUCUCUCCUAUGUCCACUUCCUGCUUCCUCCGCUGAUAAACCCAGUUCUCUAUAGUGUAAAGAUGAAGGAAAUUAGAGAAAAAAUACUCAGGAGAAUGUUUCCCCGGAAGAUAGGCUGCUCUCAGUGA